GUUGCUUUCGAUCCCUUCUCUUCCCUUUCAUUUCUCUACUUUCCUUCGCUCCUUGAGCUGGUCUACAAUACCAGCCUUUUCUUUCCUCCCCCUUUUCUUCCCUUGUCCCGAUUUUCUCCCUCCCGGGAGGCGAAUUGUCGCAAUGAGUGGACUUCGCUUUCUUGAUUUGAUUAAGCCCUUUACGCCCCUCCUCCCAGAGGUGGCAGCUCCCGAAACGAAGGUGCCCUUUAACCAGAAGUUGAUGUGGACGGGCUUGACCUUGCUGAUCUUCUUGGUUAUGAGUCAAAUGCCCCUCUAUGGCAUUGUCUCCUCCGACACCUCGGAUCCGCUCUACUGGCUGCGUAUGAUGCUGGCUAGUAACCGUGGAACCCUGAUGGAGUUGGGUAUUACUCCUAUCAUCUCCUCUGGAAUGGUCUUCCAGCUCCUCGCUGGUACCCACCUGAUCGACGUCAACCUGGACCUUAAGACCGACCGUGAAUUGUACCAAACUGCCCAGAAGCUCUUCGCUAUUAUCCUCUCCUUUGGCCAGGCUUGUGUCUACGUUCUCACUGGUCUGUACGGUCAGCCCAGCGAUCUCGGUGCCGGUAUCUGUGUUCUCCUGAUUGUGCAGCUCGUGGUUGCGGGAUUGGUGGUUAUCCUUCUCGACGAGCUUCUUCAGAAGGGAUACGGCCUUGGAAGCGGUAUCUCGCUCUUCAUUGCUACCAAUAUCUGCGAGUCGAUUGUCUGGAAGGCCUUUUCACCGACUACCAUCAACACUGGCCGUGGUCCUGAGUUUGAGGGAGCCAUUAUCGCUUUAUUCCACUUGCUGCUGACCUGGCCUGACAAGCAGCGUGCCUUGCGCGAAGCUUUCUACCGCCAGAACCUCCCGAACGUCAUGAACCUCCUGGCUACUCUCCUUGUUUUCGCCACUGUCAUCUACCUCCAGGGCUUCCGCGUUGAAAUCCCCGUCAAGUCUUCCCGCCAGCGUGGCAUGCGUGGGUCGUAUCCUGUGCGUCUCUUCUAUACCUCAAACAUGCCCAUCAUGCUCCAGUCUGCUCUCUGCUCCAACAUUUUCCUUAUCAGCCAGAUGUUAUAUUCCCGGUUCUCCGAUAACAUUCUCGUCAGACUCCUUGGCGUCUGGGAGCCUCGUGAGGGCUCAGCUCAGCUCUAUGCUGCAUCUGGCAUUGCUUACUACAUGUCCCCACCCCUUAACUUCAAGGAGGCACUCGUUGACCCGAUUCACACUGCUGUGUACAUCGCCUUUAUGCUGGUUGCUUGUGCCUUGUUCUCCAAGACCUGGAUUGAAGUCUCUGGCUCUGCCCCUCGGGAUGUCGCAAAACAAUUGAAGGAUCAGGGUCUCGUUAUGGCUGGUCACCGUGAACAGAGCAUGUAUAAGGAGCUGAAGAGGAUCAUUCCCACUGCCGCUGCUUUUGGUGGUGCUUGCAUCGGUGCUCUCUCUGUGGCGUCUGACCUUCUCGGUGCACUGGGUAGUGGUACCGGUAUCCUCCUGGCCGUCACUAUUAUAUACGGAUAUUUCGAAAUAGCCGCGCGUGAAGGCGAUUUCGGUGCAGGUCUUAAGGGCCUUGUCCCUAGCAACUAAAAAAAGGGACAGUUUCUCUUUAUGGAUUUGCAUGAGAAGGGACUAGUGUCUCUUCGUUUUUAUUUCUUCUCUAGCCUCCAGGUCGGCGUCCUGUGGUGAUUACGGCAGUUGGAAUUGUAGCCUCGGAUGGGUUUUACUGCGAUAGCAAAUCGUCAGGUUUCCUGCUUUGGACAAAAAAGCUUGGAAUAAUGGAGGAUUCCUAGGAGAAUGGAUGGCGAAUAUCGGCCUUGUUUGUGUGCCAGCAGUAUUUUCAGCCUGGUUGAAGUGAAAACCACUGCGCGCACAGUGUUCCGCCUGGUUUUUGUAUCUAUAUUUCGAUAAAAUGGGAAAAUGUAUCUUGUUGAUUUCUCAUUUCGGUUCUUCUUUUUGCCCUUGAAGAUGAAG